CAAUGGUUUCGCUUAUGUCAAAGGUUACUUUUCAGUGUCCAAAAAAUGGCGUCCUCUAACCCGGAAGUAACAGACGUCUGUGCAGUUUGUGGCGGCAAAUCCAAUUUGAAGCGCUGUUCAAGAUGCCAAAGCGUGUGGUACUGCAGCAGGGAGCAUCAGAGCCAACACUGGAAACAUCACAAGAAAACCUGCCGUACAAAAGGCGCUGCUCGGACAGACGAAACCGCGGCAGGGAAAGGUCACGUAAGUCAUGAUCCAGGUCAGUCAUCAAGUGCAGUGGAUCUCCUUGAGCGUGGGUUCGACGAGCGACCUCUCAACCUGAUCAAACCGUGCCAAAUACGGAAUAAGGACUUGGACGACGUCGCACGGCACUCAGCGGGAAGACUCCGACAAGACGGGUUCUGUGUUCUUGACGGUCUCCUUGGUGACGAUGAGAUAGACCGUCUCCUGGAGGACGUUCGGCGCGUGGACGGGUCCGGCUCGAUGAAGGCAGGGGAGCUGGCGGGCGGCAGGACGAGCGGGGAGGACAAGGAGAAGGUGACCAAACCUGCCGUGAGAGGAGACAGGAUCAUCUGGCUCCAGGGCAGCGAACCGGACUACCCUAACAUCGGCAUACUCAUCAACUUCAUCGAUACGCUUGUCGGGAAAUUCAACCGCCACUUCGAGGGAGAAACAGUUGUAAAAGGAAGAACAAAGGCACAGGUAGCCUGUUACCCGGGAAACGGGGCGGGGUACAUCAGACACGUGGACAACCCGUGCAAGGACGGGAGGCGAAUCACAGCUCUCUUCUAUCUCAACAAGAAGUGGGACGUUCAGACGCAAGGCGGCAACCUGCGCUUGUUCCCCGGCGAUAAGGACCAGUACUUGGACAUCGCUCCUCUCGCAAACAGGCUGCUACUCUUCUGGUCAGACAGGCGGAACCCGCACGAAGUGCAGCCUGCAAACGACAUGAGGUCGGAAAUGAAUACCGUUGCCUUUGACACAUGUAUUCUCUUAGACUUAGAUCUUGAGCUGGAAGUAGCUAAAGCAGAAAAGGAAAGAGUUGCAUCUGAGCUUGAAAAAAAGUCAAAGAGCGCUGUCGAAAAACUGUCGGAAGAGGAGCUACAGGCCGUCGCGUGCAUGGUGCGGGGACAUCCCGACCCUUCCGCCGUUCUAACGGAGAUGGGACUGAUCACCAGUAUCCAGGAGUUACUUCUCGCCACACUGAAGGACAAGGGCCUACUGUAGGCCGUCGUAAGGCUUUGCCGCGAUAGUCAACCCUGUGUGGGAGGAUGCUGU